AUGUCAUCUCAACAAACACCGCUCGCCUACGCCGUUACCCAGUGGCUCCAGCAGUCUUCUACUUCCCUCCCCGCCGACCAGAAGGCCAAGCUCGAGCAAGCAGCCAAGAGCAUUUCUGAAGCUUUCGGCGUCGAUACUUCCUCCUCGGAGCAACAGGCAAAGUACGGCUCUGGUCCAGGUCUUCAGGCCAUCUUUGACAUCUUCCUCAAGACUCAAGCCAAGACUCAAGCCAAGAUGGGUGGGUCUGCACCAACACCUGCCGCCGCUCCUUCCGGUCCUUCCACAUCCGCGCCUACAUCUAGCUUCAAGCCUUCAGACGAGGACCUUGCCAAGGCAGAGCAGCUCAAGGCGGAAGGUAAUAAGGCCAUGUCUGCUAAGGACUUUGGUGCUGCCAUCGAGGCAUACGGCAAGGCGAUCGAGUUGAACCCCAUCUCGCCCGUCUACUUCUCCAACCGUGCUGCUGCAUUUUCCCAGAUCGGCCAGCACGACCAGGCCAUCGAUGACGCCGAGCAGGCUUCCAAGAUCGACCCCACUUUCGGCAAGGCAUACAGCAGACUCGGUCACGCGCUCUUCAGCUCAGGUCGAUUCCAGGAAGCCGUCGAAGCUUACUCGAAGGGCGUUCAAGUCGACCCCACCAACGAGGUUCUCAAGAAGGGUCUCGCUGCAUCCAAGGAGCAGCUUUCCUCCUCUUCUUCGUCAACUGGUGCAUCUGCAAGCGCACCAUCUGCUUCCCGAGACGCUCUUUCCUCGCCCUCUGCGGGUGCUGAUGCAGGCGCCGGUGCAGGUGGAUUCCCCAACUUCGGCGGCGGAGCAGGCGGAAUGCCCGACCUGGCGUCAAUGAUGAACAACCCUAUGAUCGCACAGAUGGCACAGAACCUCAUGUCCAACCCUGACAGCUUGGCUUCGUUGAUGAACAACCCAAUGCUGCGCCAGGCUGCAGAGAGGUUCGGUUCGGGCGGUGGAAUGCCUGAUAUGAAUGCUAUGAUGAACGACCCCGCAAUGAGGGAUAUGGCGAGAAACUUCAUGGGCGGUGCUGGCAGGGGCGCUGGUGGCAACAAUGGCGGCAACAACAACAACAACAACAACAUGUAUGGUUAG